GCUUUGAAGUGUAACCAACAACUGCUGUCCCGGAGUCAGUGCUGUAGACUAAUAUGUGAUAGGGAAUGUACUCCAGGAGCUCCGUGUUUUGUUCUCUCCAUAGCUUGCUCCACAUAGGCUACAGCAUGUCCCGGUGCUCUGGAUGGGAGGUCGCUCUGAACUUGCGCUAAGGCCAAUUUAUCGUUACACCGGGAAGGGAAGCGCGAUCGGAGAACUAGGAGGGAUCAGAGGCAAAACUACUUAGACAGUAAACACGGGAUGAUGUCGAUGUUAAACAUACGAUUAGUGUAAGGAAAAUGACGUAUCGACAACCAAGAGACACGGUAUAGCCUAUCGUAACCUGGAGAUCAAUGGAAGCGAGGAUAACAUAUGGAUACAGCCGAUGUCUACAGGAGCGGGCUGUUGAUGUAUGAUGGCAGGUCGGACAUGCACGUUGUGCCGACUGAAACAGUGUGAGACCACAGAUGGAUGCCCUGUGUAAUGGAGCCAAGAAACCUGAGGGCGGUGAUCCCGUUGUAGAUCCCCUGCCGCCUCCUGCCAAGCUGGCUCGACUGGAACAAAACGGAGCGGGACCCUCUGCCCAGGAGAAGAGCUGUCAGGGUAGUCCUGUGGCCAAAAACCCCUGCCUGGCCCAGAAACCCAACACAGUGAGGCCACAGAGCAAGAGCUGGCACAGCAAAGGGAGCCUGCUGCCGGUGUUCUGUGUGGUGGAGCACAAGGAAAGCCCUCAGGAGGGAGAGAGGAGAGAAGAGCAUGCUGAGUUUGUGUUGGUCAAGAGAGAUCUGCUGUUUAACCAGCUGAUAGAGAUGGCCCUGCUGACACUGGGCUACUCACACAGCUCUGCUGCACAGGCUAAAGGUCUGAUUCAGGUGGGCAGGUGGAACCCGGUGCCUCUUUCCUGCGUAACAGAUGCUCCUGAUGCCACCGUUGCUGAUAUGCUGCAGGAUCUUCAUCAUAUUAUCACCCUUAAAAUACAGCUGCACAGCUGUCCCAAAUUAGAGGACCUGCCACCCGAGCAGUGGAGUCACUCCACAGUGAGAAACGCUCUGAAGGAGCUCCUCAAGGACAUGAACCAGAGCUCCCUGGCCAAGGAGUGCCCCCUGUCCCAGAGUAUGAUAUCAUCUAUUGUAAAUAGCACUUACUAUGCAAAUGUCUCAGCUGCCAAGUGUCAUGAGUUUGGGCGAUGGUACAAGCACUUCAAGAAGACCAAAUGCUUCAAGGAGAUUGACAGCUUCCCUGACCAGUCCACACAUAUCACCCUCACUCAGCAGCCAAUAACAAGUAGCCCAUCUGAUCAGAGCUCCACCCUUUUUUUCUCUCAUGGAGAAGUAGCCAACAUAUGUGGCCGUUCCCCCCUCAGCUUGCGCCCUCCCGGGUUGGUUACCCAGCCUCUCAGCUCCCAAAUGGUCAACCAGCAGCUGGUGAUGGCCCAGUUUCUCAACCAGCAGUAUGCUGUUAGCCGCAUGCUAGCUGGCAAGGGUAUCUCACAGUCCCCGCAGCAGUAUCUUAACCACCCGCCUGUAGGCAGGGCUCCUCCUGCCAUGGUCUUCUCCAAAGUCCCUGAUUCCCAAGCCCAGCAGCCGGCACAGUGUGGCCCAGGGGGAGGCCUUGUAGCAGGGCUGCAAACCCAGACAUCGGCUGGGUCCUCUGUGGGGACGACAGAUGUGCCAAGUGACAUCUACCACUGUGUGAGGGAGGAACUGAAGAGGGCAGGCAUCUCCCAAGCCAUCUUUGCCCGGGUGGCCUUUAACAGGACCCAGGGCCUGCUGUCAGAGAUUCUGCGGAAGGAGGAGGACCCUAAACACGCCUCCCAGUCUCUGCUGGUCAACCUGCGGGCCAUGUAUGGCUUCCUGCAGCUGCCCGAGGCUGAGAGGGAGCGCAUCUACCUGGAGGAGAAAGACAGAAGCCUGACUGGCUUCACCCCAAGCUGCAAUAACACGCCACCAAGAUCCACACAGGCGAGACUGUCCCCAGUUACGGGGGACAGAGGCUUGAGGACAGACAGUUGUGUUCUCAAUGUCAGUGCUUCUAUCUACGAGGACAUUCAGCAUGAGAUGAAGAGAGCCAAGGUGUCUCAGGCUCUGUUUGCAAAGGUGGCCGCCUCCAAGAGUCAGGGCUGGCUGUGUGAACUGCUGCGUUGGAAGGAAGAUCCCAACCCAGAGAACCGAACCCUGUGGGAGAAUCUGUGCAUGAUCCGCCGGUUCCUUAGCCUGUCCCAGACUGAACGAGACGCAAUCUAUGAACAGGAGAGCAGCAACACAAUGGCACAGCAGCACUGCACUGACAGGCUUAAGCUGCUCAGCAAUGACAAUACACUGUACCAACGCAACUCUCCGCUGCCACAGCAACACCAUCUUCAACCUCACCAACCCCUGCAGCCUGAGGCAGGACCUCACCUGUCUCCACGGCAACCGUGUGCCGCAUCACCAGCUGAGUCUGAGGCUGGGGGCAACUGGGGGCACAUGAGAGUAUGUCUACAGGGCAGGGGCAGUAGUAAUGGGGAGAGAGGGGAUAUUAAGGACUGGGUUGAGGGGGGACAGGGAGAGAGGAGCAGUUUGGGAGGCGACUGGGUUGGUACUGGUAGAGUGAGGGACAAACAUACAGAAAGAAAGGAGCAGGUGAGGGAUGGACAUGUGGGAGAGGAAGGGAUUAAUGAGAUCAUUGGAGACAGCAAAGAGGAGAAGGAGGAGCUCACUAUGAAGUGGCUCGGCAUGAAGGAUGAGGACCGAGGCGGGGCUGGGGUUUGUUCAAAGGCAGAUAAUCAGGUCCAAGGUGUAGAUGAGGUCCAAUGUGAGGGGUUAAGAGUGUCCCACGAAGCACUGGGAAUCCUGCAGAGCUUCAUUCAGGACGUCGGCCUCGAUCCUGACGAGGAGGCCGUCCACACCCUGUCGGCUCAGCUGGGCCUGCCCAAACACACCAUCCGAGGAUUCUUCAACAGUCAGGACCACGACCGGCAUCAACACGACAGCCGGAGCCCAAAACCGAGUCGAGACAGCCAGCAUGGUUGCACAGACCGAAACCUCUCCCAGAUAGACAUAACUGCAGAGGAACAGGAGGAGGAAGAUGGUGGAAGGACUGAAAUGGAACAAAAGGAGGUGGAUGAGGAGAAGCAGACAGGGAGAAAUGAAGCAAGCGAGAUUACUGUUUUGAAAGAAUCUGAUGUUGGCACUCAAACCAUUACAGCUAUGAAGGAGGAGCAAGAGAGUUACAUCUAACCCAAAUCCAUGCAGUGACGUACGCGUUUCGACUCAGUGUUUUAUAAGUGUGUGUCUUUAAAUGCUUUGGAAAGACUAAAAGCUGAGUUAUUGUAUAUGUUUAUACCACAGUUUAGAAGGAUGCUGGUGGUCAUAUACAGACAGUACACCUGCAUUAGAAAGCUUAGAAAGCUGUCCUGAUUUGAGCAUCUCUGCUGCACUUGAAACAGAAAAUAACUGACUAUAUGUGCAGAUACUGUUUGAACACAUUGUGUCUGUGUAGAUAUAUGUGUCUGGAUGAAUGGGACCCAAUACAAAGAGCCUCAGAUUACAUAUCACUGUUAAAAAAAUGAAAAAUUGUAGUUUGUUGACUGAUCUAAAGUUUAAGAAAUGUUAAUGCCAGAAAUGCCUUGUAGAAUGUGGCACUGCCAAUCAUUUCUUUUUUUUUAAUAAUCUAUAUCUCCAUUGUUUUUGUUUUUCUAUGUUUUUUUAAUAGUGCUUUCUGUUUUGGAUCAGAUUUUGUAAGCAGUUUAAAAAAAAAAAAAAAUCUCAGUGUUAUAUCUUACAUUUUCUUGUUCAAGUCUACUGUCACAUUAUAUGUAAUACCAAGUUUGCUGACUCUGUUUUAAAAGAAAUUAUAGUUGAAUUUGUAAAUGAUAUAUAUCAUUGGGAAUUAACCCUUUCAUACAUUUAAAAACAUUUUUUUAUUGCAGUGUGUAAUAAAUCAAUAGAUGAAACAAUGAAUUAGUUACCAAACUGAUAUAUGGACAUGUGAAAUCUUUACUGCAAAUGAGUCCAUGUUUGUUCCUAUUUCUCACCGUUAAUCAUAAAGUUUUGUUGAGAUCUAAUUUGCUCCUGAACACAUCAUAAUUUACAUACAGUGUUUCUAUUGAUGCAUGAAUCUAUACAUCUCUCUCCGCAAAAUAGCUAUGUUAUUUUGGGGAGUGUUAUGUUUACACAUCGUGUGGUUGUUGUAUUGUACUGAUUUACAUACUCUAGCAGAGACAUGGAGCAUGCUGGAGAGCACAAUGUUUAAUGUUUCUUCAUGAAAGAAAGAUUGUGGACCGGAAAUAUAAGACUGAAGCUGUGCAGUGUGUACAUACAAUGUUGAAAUUAAAUGAUAGCACUUUCAUUUGUAAAAAAAAAAAAAAGAAAAAACUUAAAAAUCGUAUUCAUAAUUGUACUGUAUGUUCAUUACUUCAGUCUGUUGUGAACAUCUGAUCUUACAGUUGAAAAAACUGAGUGAGAUUAAUAAAAAGGUAUGUACUUUGAGAGUCCAGAAGCAUGGACAAUAACUUUUUAUUUAAAAUAAUUCCAUUUCAUUCAAUUUGUAUAUAUUAACAUUCAAAUAGAAAGUGGAAACCUUUCUCACCAAUACAAACAGUGACAUAUGAUGUUUCUCACCAGGAAAUUCAGGUUUGUGAUAGAAUCCGCAGGAACACACUGAAGCUGAGAUAGCUGGGAGGGCAUUAUGUUGUUUUUGUUUUCUGACUUUUAAAAAGAUGGUUGUUUUCCUCCUACGUAGCAAAAUAUCAGCAGAUGGCAUUUGCACUUUGACAAUAAUCACUUGGAAUGUGUUAGCGAUGUAUAGAAUUGUAUUUGGGGACAGUCUAUAUGAGAUUUAUCAUGCUAGAAAGACUAUUUGAAACAAGUAAAUAAGAGAUGAAGCUCAUUUAUCAGACUGCUAUUUCAAGACAAGCAGAGGGCUGCUGUUGCCUAUUAAAGCUUAAAUCGAUGGUUCUUAUGUCCACUGUCUGUACUGGAGUUAUAGAGUUAGUACUGAUGUUUUCCUCUUAUAUAACUAGGCUCUCUUUGUUUGUGAAUUGCUGUCAUUGUUUCCAGCCAUCAGACAACAUUCUCUGUGUUUAUCACUGGGGCUCUCUGUACCAGUGGAUCUGUGUCUCUGUCUGCACAAUCGCAUGCCCCUCAGUGCUGUUUUCUAUCUUCUGUCUCUUUUUAUUCCUCUUUUACUUUAUCUGUCUCAACUACUAAUUCUAUUCAUGUUUCUGUCUCCCUCUCUGCCCCUGACUCUCAUCCGUCUCUCCUCAGGACUCUUCACAUUGCUGCUCCCCCACUAUACUCAGACAGUGCAACAUUCAAGCCCCAUUUGGUCAGAAUAGCUUCACAGAGUAAUUCAAUAAAGCCAUGAUCUUUUUCUGUCAUCUGUUUCCAUGACGAUACCUAAGUCAGGGCCAACAAGAGGCCAUGAAAGCCUUAUCAUCAGCAAUAUUAGCUAUAAUAAUGAUGAUAAUGGCGCUUUUGAAAUGCCAUGCCUGUGAUGAUGAUGGUAAUGGCAAUGAUGGUCAUUAUGCUUUGUUGUAACCUCCAUCCCUCCCCGCACUACACACACACACACACACACACACACACACACACACACACACACACACACCAUUAUCAAUGCACACAUUUGACUCACUGAUGCUAUUUAAUGUCACCUAUAUAUUU